CCAACUUACCCCAGUAUCGUCACACUUGAUGUCGCUGGCAGGCCCUUUAAAGUCUCCGCUGACGUCCUCAACGCUGAGUCCGGUUUCUUUCAGCGCCAGCUGUCUACUUCUUUCAACUGGACACCCCAGCGCGACGGCACCUACUUUCUCGACGCGGACCCCGAACUUUUCAAUCAUCUCCUUCAAUUCAUGCGCCGACCCUCUGUCUUUCCACUCUUCUGGUCAAAGGACCAAGGCUUUGACUACGACUUGUAUCAACGCCUGCAAGCAGAGGCAAAGUACUUCCAAAUUGAUCGUCUACAUAGCUGGAUUGAGAAGAAGGCUUACCUGAACGCUAUUACCAUCCAUACAUAUCAACCGCGAACGAUGGAGCUAAAGGAUGUCAAGCACGACACGAUGAGCGGUUGCAUGAGUGAGAAUUGGCAUUACGUGCCGAAGGUCCACAAGACGUACGUCUGCCCUCGCAGGAUUGCGGUGCAUUAUGGGAACCAAGACAGAUGUGGAAAGGCCUGCCGAUUGUAUCAGGGCGAUUGUGACACCGAGUACGAUGAAGAGGAUUAUCUUGAGGUGGUUAGUGUGCGAAAGGAAAUCGUCUUUGACGAGACAGUCUGCCAGAUGGGUUGA